AUGAUUUUCAAUAGCCUUGUUUUGUGGCUACAGUUCCUAAUCUUGUGCGUCUCUUCAGAAUCUGGACCCUUGGAAGAUGUUGUAAUUGACCGCUACGACAUUCCCAAGACAUGUCCCAGGGAAGUUCAGAUGGGAGACUUUGUAAGAUACCAUUACAACGGGACUCUUAAAGACGGAGUGAAGUUUGAUGCCAGUUAUGACAGAGGAAAUGCAGUAGCGGGAUUUGUGGGAAUAGGUCGCCUGAUCACUGGUUUGGACAGAGGGAUUCUGGGUAUGUGCGUGAACGAGAUACGGAAGCUGAUUGUACCUCCACAUCUGGGAUAUGGAAGCAUAGGAGUUCCCGGGAUGAUCCCUGCCGAUGCUACUCUCUACUUUGACAUCAUCCUGGUGGACGUGUGGAAUAAGAAAGAUGAGGUGCAGAUCAUAACUCUAGAAAAGCCCAGCCAAUGUAACAGAACCGUACAGAAUUCAGACUUUGUGAGAUACCAUUAUAAUGGUACGCUUUUGGAUGGGACAUAUUUUGACUCAAGCUAUAGUCGUUCAAGCUCAUAUGAUACCUAUGUGGGGUCAGGGUGGCUAAUUAAAGGCAUGGAUCAAGGUCUAUUAGGCAUGUGUGCUGGAGAGUGGAGGAAGAUUAUUGUGCCACCAUUUUUAGCCUAUGGAGAAAAGGGAUAUGGAACAAUCAUCCCUCCACAAUCUUCUCUGGUGUUCCACGUUUUUCUGAUAGACUUUCACAACCCCAAAGAUGGGAUUACAGUGCAGGACCAAGUCAUCCCCCAAAACUGCAAGCGCAGGGCUGUUACAGGAGACUAUGUCCGUUAUCACUACAAUGGCACCCUCAUGGAUGGAGUGUUGUUCGAUUCCAGCUACUCCAGAAAUAACACAUACAACACAUAUAUUGGAAUGUCUUACAUUAUUCCGGGUAUGGAUGCUGGUCUUCAAGGCGUUUGUAUAGGAGAAAAGAGAAGAAUCAUUAUCCCACCUCAUCUUGGGUAUGGAGAAAAAGGAGCAGGAAACAGUAUUCCUGGAUCUGCUGUAUUGAUCUUUGAUGUUCAUGUGAUUGACUUCCACAAUCCCAAAGACUCAGUUGAUAUAGAGGUGACGUACAAGCCAGAAGUGUGUAAUGUUACCUCUAAGAAGGGCGAAUUCAUCCUGUAUCACUACAACUGUUCCCUCUUGGAUGGAACCCUGCUCUUCUCAUCAAACAACUAUGAAAAUCCACAGCAGAUCUCCCUUGGCAUGAACAAAGUCAUUGAUGGUCUUGAUAUCGGUCUAACAGGAAUGUGUGUAGGAGAGAGGAGGACGGUCAUUGUGCCUCCCCACUUGGCACAUGGAGAAAGCGGAGCUCGUGGAGUACCUGCAAGUGCGGUGAUAAAAUUCGACAUAGAGCUGCUCCAUAGAGAAGAAGGCGUCCCAGAUGGGUAUCUGUUUAUCUGGCUUGGAGAUACUCCUGAGAAUCUAUUUGAAGCAAUGGACUUAGAUAAAAAUGGAGAGGUUCCGCUGGAGGAGUUUUCCACAUUCCUGAAAGCUCAGGUGGAAGAAGGAAAAGGCCGGUUCCUUCCUGGUGUAGACCGUGAAAAUUCCAUCUCUGAAAUGUUUGUCAAUCAGGACCGAAACAAGGAUGAGAAAAUCACUGCGGAUGAACUGAAACUGAAGACUGAAGAGGAAGCAGAGAAUGUUCAUGAAGAAUUAUAGGAGGCACGGUGCUUAAAAGUCAGGGGAGAGGACAGUCCUACCAUCCCCAUCUGGGUCCUUUGUGCACUGCAAGCAUGCUGGUAUAGACUGCAACUUUUUGGAACCCUAUUCCAGCCAGGGGCGACUGUGACCCGUUGCAGAUCAUGGGGGUAACAGGCUCUUCUAGUGCGUUAUUAGACACCUCUGCACAAUACAAUCCACAACUGUGGUUAUUGUCCUGAUCUCAAGGACGGAUCAGAUGGGGAAGAGACUCCAUGUAAUUGCUAAGGCAGCAGACUGUAUGUAUUAUUAGGUUUUUUGUUUUCUAUUGCAUUUUUCAUAUUUCAAAGAAUUCCUGAAUCCCAUUGAUAUAGUGGUUCAGCCCCCAAACCACAUCUACAACACCCCAGUGUUACCCUUUACAACAGGACAUAAAUUGUAUUUUUGCAAUGAAAUUUUUGACUAUUAAAACCAGUGGUUGAAUUUUACAAUAAAA